AUGAUACAGCUUUCAGCUUAUGGAGAGCGUGUCGUUGAUCGACUAAGCAUGCUGGGCAUGUGGCUAGCUGUUGUAGUCUCCAUCCGCAACUUUUAUGUGUGUUUCAGGCAAUACAAACGUACUCGUGGUAAAAUUCAUAUUGUCAACAUGGCUCAAGUAGCCGUCUUGUGCGUCCAUCGUUUUCUAUAUGGUAUCAUCCCUUUGUUUGAAAUAAGCACAUGUAUUUAUUUCCCACUCCUCGUAUCGCUAUGGCAUAUCACCUACAUUCUCUUCUACAUUGUCAUGUUUAUGCGCCUUAUCAUUCUCGAAGCCGAUCACCACUCGCUAUGGAUCAAGGUCGUUGGCGUCUUCCUCAUUGCAGUACGCUUUGCCGAUUGGCCGUAUGAGCUUGCGUUUUAUUCCGUACAGCAAGACAUUAUGCGACAGCCGCUUAUGCAAGGCGGUAUUUGCUGGGUGCAAUGGGGAGCAGGUGUCAUCAUCUUGAACUUUGUUGGUGAUGUCCUAGCCAAUCUAUUCCUCAGUGGCAUGUUUGUGCGUCGACUCUUUUUGCAUAUCAGACUCUCGAAAUCGGUCAUGACACGCCAAAAUCGUCUUAUCGAACACAUUGCUCGCAAAUCAUUGUUGUGCCUUAUUUUCACCUUUGUCAUCAACUUGGCAAUGAACUUACUCAAAUUGACACGCUUUAUCGGUGAUCGAUCGGAUGCAUUCACCGUAUACUUUGAAUUGAUUGAAUCGACGUUACUCGUUGAAGCUCUUCGGGUGGAUGAGACGGGGAAAUAUUCCAAUCAAUCCAUUUGUGAUAAUUGUGGCAUGGCCAUCAAUCUGGGAUACAGCGUUCGUGACAGCAAAGACCACUACAACAGCAACAAUCAUCGAGAAUCAUUUCUAUCACGUCACACAAACAAGAGCAGACGUUCAUCCACUUCAUCUACAGCAGCAGCUGUAGCCGCUAUCCAACGACAACAGCAAUUGGGAAAUGAUAACAGCUUCUUCCGUGCAGUCAAUUUGUACGAUCCAACGAGUUCUUAUAUGCAAUCAAACGGUGUUGAUAUGAAGGAACAUUAUCCCUUGGAUGAGGAAUCAGCAGCUAAAACCUCUACAACAAACUCCCAUUCUCUUCCUGUUGAUGAAACACCUUCUUCAACGCCGUCACCCACAAUGGAUACGGGCUUGCAUCAUCGAUCAAACGUGAAUCGACCUCCCCCAGUCGUUACAUCUAUUGCCAAUACCUCCUCCAACGUCGUCAGAAGGCAACAGAAUGACGGCUCUACAUCCCCAAUAGCAUCCUCGCGUGCAUAUUCUCCCACCUUUGGUCCAUCCUUGUCACAACAUCCAGAAUGGUCGAAUAACGAUUAUCGCAUGUUUUAA